CAAUCAUGGCUGAUGUAUUGCCUGAAUGUCUCAUUCACAAAAUACUUUCUUACCUUAGUUUUACGGAAGCAGCUCAAUUGAGUGUUGUCUCCAAAACAUGGCUACAGGCGUGGUCGACUCUUCCCAAUUUGAAUUUCACAAUUAAUCAUCGCAAAUACAAUAUGAAAAUAGUGGAUAAUAUCAUGGAGAGAUAUCGGAAAGGAAAAAUCGCUAUUGAAAAGUUUGAAUUAUCAGAUUCUAGUUAUUUGCGUCUAAUUUUUCCUCUGUUUGAUAAGUGGCUUGACAUUGCACUUCAGAAUGGUGUAAAACAUCUCGUCUUUGGAGUUCCUAGCAAUACGUCAUACCCCUUGCCUAUUUUCAAAAUCUUGGCAUCAAAAUCGUUAAGAGAAUUGGUUUUAAGGGGUUGUAAUCUGAAGCGUGUUUCGUUAUCUAGUGGUGUGGUGAAGUGCAAUUCGUUGAGAAAGCUUUUUCUAUCUUUUGUAUGUUUAGACGAAAACACGCUUCAAGCGCUACUUAAUAGUUGUCCCUUUAUUGUCAACUUAAUCUUUGAUAAUUGUUACGGGUUGGAGAAGAUUGAGCUACUGAAUAAUCUUCAAAAGAUCAAGUCGGUUUUAAUUUGGAAAGGUAGUAACCAGCUUGUUAAAAUUCAAGCACCAACUCUUGAACACUUGUCUUAUGUUACUGAUCCCGAAGUGUUUCCUAAGUUGGAUAUUGUUGAUGCUCCAAAUUUGGUGACACUUGUGUAUAAGGGAAAUCUAAUUCCUGCGACUUUUGUGGAUGCUAAUUUGCAAUGGAAGUGUCAUCCUAGGAGACUCUUCCUUGAGUCAAAUGGUAAAACGAUUGCAUGUUUCAUGGACCGUUUAAUGUACAUGAAGAGUUCGAGUCAAUUAAAAGAAGUAAAAGUCUAUACAUUUGAUUGGGGAGAUUUGAGAUGGCAUCGUGUGGAACUCAAAAGUGUAAAGAAGGCAAUAAGGACCCUUAGCGAGAGGAAUAAAUUUCAGUUUUUAUUAGAUUGGUGAUACAAUUAAUUUAUCUCUGUUGCAAAUUCUUGUAGCUACUUCUCUGUUUCAAUUUUUGAGAUACUUGUAUUAUAUCUCGCAGGCUCGGCUUAUAGAUGUUCUUCUGUGCUUCAAAAUACAGAAUGGAACAAGAUAUAUUUUGAAACAAGAAACUGUUUUAUGAUUGUGCA